CAAGUCGUCCCGGGAUUCUUGGUACAGACGGGUGACCGCACGGGCACGGGAAAUGGCGGGGGAUCAUUCUUUGGAGAACCGUUCGAGAGCGAACCCCAUCCACGUCUCCGAUGGACCCACCGCGGCCUCGUAGGCUGCGCAAGCGGGGAAGGAACCAACACGAACGACUCGCAGUUCUUUAUCACACUCGAUAGGGCGGAUGAACUGCAAGGGAAGAACACGCUGUUUGGUCGGGUAGUGGGGGAUACGACCUACAAUGUGCUCAAGAUCGGACAACUCGAGAUCGACAGCACCGGCCGGCCCACCUACCCGCCAAAGAUAAACACGAUCAAAGUCCUCUCCAAUCCUUUCGAUGACAUCGUACCACGCAUCACGGCU